CCGGGUGAUCAUAUGAUUAGUUGUUGUGAACAUGGCGCACAGGCCGAACGAAAUGUUUUGUUUUGGAGACUUUAGUGCCUUUGUAAAAGUUUUAUCGUUUUUAUCCGCCUUGGGUUUAAUGUGUAUGUCGGUUCGAGCUGAAAUACGAACUGCGGUUAUUGACAAACAGAGUGGACAGCUGUCUGUCGUCGAGGGAUUUCGAGAGGAUUUCGUGGCGUGGGCAAAUUUCACUGACGAUAUUGAUACGACGGGAUGGUCUUUCUUGGAGAUCACAACCAGCAGUCAGUACAAUGACAGUAUCCAGGCGUAUGCUGCUGGAGCAGUGGAGGCUGCAGUCACAUCCCAGCUCAUCUAUAAGCACUGGAUGAACACUCUAAUGGGUUACUGUGGGCCGUUUACAACUCAGUCCGGUUACUGUGAACGCCUUAAAGCUUUCAUCACAACCAACCUCCAAUGGGUUCAGGAACAAAUAGAGAAGCAGCCGAGUUCACCAUACUGGUACCAGGUUCGUCUUGCUCUGCUGCAGCUGAAAGGUCUGGAGGACAGCUACAAUGACCAGCUGUCUUUUCCUACUGGGCCGUUGUGCAUCAACCCAUUUGGCUUCCUACUCUUCCAGCUGAGCGGGGACCUUGAGGACCUGGAAUCGGCUUUGAACAAGUCCAGUCAAAUUCGACCCCUUGGAUCUGGCUCCUGCUCUGCUUUAAUUAAACUCCUGCCAAACAAUAAAGAUCUGUUGGUAUCACAUGACACCUGGAGCACCUACCAGUCCAUGCUGCGCAUCAUGAAGAAAUACAUGUUUGCCUUCAGAGUCUCUCCUUUAGACAAUUAUUUCCUUCCUGGAGGCACUCAGGCAUUCUCAUCAUACCCUGGUGCUAUUUUCUCUGGAGAUGACUUCUAUAUUCUAAGUAGUGGCUUGGUUACCUUGGAAACCACCAUUGGCAACAGUAACCCUGCUCUCUGGAAGUUUGUUCAGCCCUCUGGAACAGUCAUGGAGUGGCUGAGGAAUAUUGUUGCUAAUCGACUGGCUGUCACUGGCAAGGACUGGGCAGAAAUAUUCAGCAAGUACAACAGUGGAACAUACAACAACCAGUGGAUGAUUGUGAACUAUAACCACUUCACUCCAGGGAAAACUGACAUCAAAGGGGAGCUCUUUGUUGUUUUAGAGCAGAUUCCUGGACAGAUUGUUUACACUGAUAAAACAGAGGAACUGCUGAAGAAAGGGUACUGGGCAAGUUACAACAUUCCGUACUAUGAGGACAUAUUCAAUGCCAGUGGCUGCAAUGAGCUGGUUGAGAAGUUUGGCCCAUGGUUUUCUAAGGACCAGAAUCCUCGUGCUCAGAUAUUCAGGAGAAACCAGACAGCCGUCACAGAUGUAGACUCCAUGAUCCGACUCAUGAGGUAUAACAACUUUAAGGAAGACCCGCUGUCAAAGUGUGAAGGCUGUAUUCCACCUGCAAAUGGCGAGAAUGCGAUCUCAGCUCGGUCAGACUUGAACCCAGCCAAUGGGACCUACCCAUUUGGUGCCUUGAAGCAGAGACCACAUGGAGGAACAGACAUGAAGAUGACUUCCUAUUGGAUGUUCCGUGAUUAUGGCAUGAUGGCAGUGAGUGGACCGACAUGGGACCAGGUGCCCCCCUUCCAGUGGAGCGCCUCUCCUUACACAGACCUGUUACAUAUGGGUCAUCCUGAUACGUGGGCGUUCAAGCCAAUAAAAGUAACCUGGACUCCUUAACCGCUUGCAUACUGUAUUAAAGGACAAUGUACAUGCAGCUAGCUGUGCUGCUUACAGUUUUAAUAAAAGGGAACUGGUCAUUGAAAUCAGUCAUUAACAUCAUAAACAUCACAUUUAUGAAUACACCAGCUUCAUAUUAUACUAGAAUCAAAUGAGCUUAGUAAUCAUAUUUGCCUCCUGAAUGCAUGAUUAAAGAGACAACUGAACAUAAUGGUAUUUCCCUGAUGACAAAAAUUGCUGCUAUUAAAGGAAAUGAAAUCUAGUGCAAAAUAUGAGGAAUUACAUUUCCCAAUUCUGACAGCUUAUCUGAAAUAUUAGAAAGUACCAUUAUCCAUGAUGCAAAAUUUCUGUUACAGUAAAAAUAAAUCUGUUGAUCAUGGGUGGAAAUGUAUUUUGGUUAAUGUUUGAGUCAUUUAGACCUCUGCUGGAACUGAGGUUUGUUUGGGCUUUUGUUGGAAAAUACUGAUGUGUGUAUCAUUACAUUGCGUAUCUAUUGAAUGAUCCGUAAUUUGGGUUAAAUAUCAUAAGUUUUUUUUUUUUAAUAAAAAGAAUCAAUGUGAAGUCA